AUGUUAAUACGAUUGUAUUUACUUUUACUUUUACAAAUACUUUCGUGUUUUUCUAUUGAAACUAAAUCUAAAUUAAACUUUGAUGAAUUUUUUAAUUAUACAACGUUUCCAUUAUUAAAGUUCUCUUCAACAGGUCGACAUUUAUUGAUUCAUACGAAACGUCCAUCAUGGAAUACUAAUUCCUAUGAAAAUACUUUAUGGCUUUAUGAUAUAAAAAAUCAAACAAAAAAAUUCAUUACAACAAAUCUUCGUACAUCAAUCCAGCCACAAUGGUCACCAAGCGGUAACUACAUUGUAUUUUUACCGAAAAAUCAUUCGUCAAUAAAUAAACAGCAAUCAGAAGAAUAUAUUUAUUUAUAUUCUGUUCAUGCAGAUACAGUGUUACCGAUUCAAAUUGGAAAAGAGACGCCUUUAGCUUUGACAUGGUCGAACAAUGAUUCAUCUAUUUAUUUAGCUGUAAAAUCGAUUGAUGAAGAGAAUGAUUUAUGGAAAGAUGUUAUUCAAUAUCGAGAAAAUAUAGUACGUAAAACUAGUAUCAUUUAUCGAAUUGAUUUCAAUUCAAACAAUCAUUCAUUACCCGUACAAAAAAGUCUUAUUCGAAAUGUAUCCUUUCUCAUUAAUCAAUUAUUAUAUACUCCAUUUGAAGAAAAACUCAUCUUCUCGUCGGCGUCUGUAGUGAUAGAAAAUUUAGAUGAUUUUGAACUUUAUUUCAUCGAUCUUCGAAAUAUAUCUGCAUUAUCAAAAUUAACAAAUAAUGAAAUUGUUGAAACAGCAUUACAAUUAUCGAUCGAUGGUCAGCAUCUAUUUUUCUUAGCAUGGCAUCGUAGUUCAAAUAAAAAACGAUUUAAUGAUACACAAAAUCGACUUUAUUCAAUAAAUUUAGCAAAUGGAAUAAUAACACGUCUUGGAGAACAUUUUGAUGGUAGUAUUGAUGGAUACACAAUAACAUCUGAUGCUAAGGUUUAUAUACUUGGACAAUUAGGAACAGAAAUACAAAUUUAUUCACAGAAAUUAUCAACAAAAGAUUUGAUUCAUCAUAGUGGAUGGAAUGGAACAUAUGAAUCAAUUGUAUCAUCAUAUAAUCAUCGAUCAAUUGCAUUUGUUUAUUCAUCAUUAGAAAAACUAAUGGAAGUUUAUUUCAUUGAUAAUAUUAGUCAAUUAAUAUCAGCAAAAGUAAUAACCAAUGAAAAUUAUUUAUUCACUCAAAGAAAUUUACCGAAAACGAAAGUAUACAAUUGGAGAAAUGCCGACGAUCAUCGACUAAUUGAAGGAUUAUUGCAUUAUCCACCGGAAAAGUUUCAAUCGAAAAACCUACCUCUCUUAGUUCUUAUUCACAGUGGUCCAUAUGCGGCUAGUUUAAAUAGACUUAAUCUAGCUUGGAAUAAUUGGGCUACAUUAGCAGCUUCAGAAGGUUGGUUAGUAUUCGAACCCAAUUAUCGAGGAUCAACAGGUUACGGUAAUCAGUUUCUUAGUGAAAUUCGUGCUAAACCUUUAUCGCUACCAGGAAAAGAUAUCCUUUAUGGAAUUGAUCAACUAAUCAAAGAUGGAAUUGUUGAUCCAUAUAAACUUGCUGUUGGUGGUUUUAGUUAUGGUGGAAUUUUAACAAAUUGGUUGAUUACACAGACUAAACGUUUUAAUGUUGCUCUAUCGGCUGCUGGUGCAGUUGAUUUGACCUCUACAUGGGGUAUGAUGGAUAUACCCGAACUGAUCAGCUACCUAUAUGGAGGAUUUCCAUGGGAAGUGCCACAUAUUUAUCAAAACGAAACGCCUAUUUAUCAGUUAGACAAAGUUCGUACGCCUACACAUAUCGUUACUGGUGAAAAUGAUGUUCGGGUUCCAACAAGUCAAAGUUAUAUAUUUGAACGAGGACUUCGUUAUCUUGAUAUACCAGUAAAAUUAAUUACUUUUCCUAAAGGAGGACAUUCAUUGAGUAUUAAUCCUUGGCAUGGAAAAAUCAAGGUUAGAGAAGAACUCAAAUGGUUACAGCAAUAUGGUAAUCAAUCAAUGAGUCGUAAUAAAUCGAAUAACAGUGAAAGACAUAAAUUUACGUAUGCUUUACAAUUAUAUAUGUUUUUGUUUUCUUUAGUAAUAAUAAAGAAUAUUUGA